AUGUUUUACGGUUUAUAUAGGUAUAUGUUUGAGAAGUUGUUGAAAGAAAGUGGUCUUCUCUCAAACUCUCUCUCUCUCAAACUCUCUCUCUCGAACUCCCUCUCUCAAACUCUCUCUCUCAAACUCUCAAACUCUCUCUCUCUCUCUCAAACUCCCCCCCUCCUCUCUCUCUCUCUCUCUCAAACUCUCUCUCUCUCAAACUCUCUCUCUCUCUCAAACUCUCUCUCAAACUCUCUCUCUCUCAAACUCUCCCUCCUCUCUCUCUCUCAAACUCUCUCUCAAACUCUCUCUCUCUCAAACUCUCUCUCAAACUCUCUCUCUCUCAAACUCUCUCUCUCUUUCAAACUCUCUCUCUCUUUCAAACUCUCUCUCUCAAACUCCUCUCUCUUUAAUGAUUUUUCUGAACUACGUCCAGGCACGAUGGCCGAGUUUGACGACGUGCGCACCCCGGCUGGGGGUGACAGCGUCUUCAAGGAUCAGUGCACCCUGACCUUUGACACACCGGAAUCGCCCGAUGGCCUGUAUGUGUGCAUGAAGACCUUUAUUGGCUUUGGCCGCGCGGCCGUGGCGACGUACCACGAGGUCACGGGCCAGCGCACCUUUCUGCAUCUGCGCGCCGAACGCGUUGAGAAGCCUGCGCCCGAGCAGGAACCGCCACAAAAAAAGCCCACCAAAAUGGCCAUUGGCACCCCGGAUGGCUUUGCAGCAGACUCGGAUGCCUAUGAUCUUGUCUACACAUACACCGUGGCCAUCUUGCCAGAAUUCAAGCUGAUCACGCUCGAAGACCCCAGCUUGCCCGCCCACGUCCAAGACAGUGCGGCCGCUAUCAUUGCUGCCAGCUCUGCCUCGCUCCAGCAGCAGGCCCAAGCCUGGGAAGAACAGCGGUUGCCUUCCAAGCACGCUGAAAAUCUCCUGCAGCUGGACAACGGGGUUCGCGUUCCUCCCAGUGGCUACAAGUGCGCCAAGUGUGACAUUUCGGAUAAUCUCUGGCUCAACUUGACCGAUGGCACCAUCCUAUGUGGCCGCAAAUUCUACGAUGGAUCCGGUGGCAACAACCACGCCAUUGACCACUACGAGCAGACCAAGUAUCCGCUGGCCGUGAAGCUGGGCACCAUCACCCCCGAGGGCGCCGAUGUCUACUCGUACGAAGAGGAUGACAUGGUCCUUGACCCCAAGCUGAGUCAGCAUCUGGCGCACUUUGGCAUCAACAUCCAGGAGCAACGCAAAACUGCAAAGUCCAUGGCUGAGAUGGAAAUUGAGGCCAACGAACAACUCAAGUUUGAAUUUGACCGUAUCACCGAAGCUGGCGUCAAGCUUGAACCAGCUUUUGGCCCCGGCUUUACUGGCAUGCGCAACCUUGGCAACAGCUGCUACAUGAACUCGGUGUUGCAGGUUUUGUUCAGCCUUCGCGAGCUUGUGGAUGAGUUUCAGGGUUCAGCCAUCCAGGCCUACCAUGGUCAAGCCGACCCCACCGUUGACCUCGAACUGCAACUCCAUAAGCUUGGACACGGCCUUCAGUCGGGCCAAUAUUCCAACCAACCUGAAGCUUCAGACGCUGCAGCAGAUGCUGAACUGGAACAGGAUGGCAUUGAUCCUAAAAUGACCAAGCAUGCACUCUGCCGCGAUCACCCAGAAUUCUCCACCGGCAGCCAACAAGAUGCCUCCGAGUUCUGGUCCUACAUGAUGACAAAGCUGUCGGCGUAUAGCAAAAAGUAUGGCCGUGCCGACUUUGGGCAGCUCUUUGAGUUUGACACCGAGGUCAAGACGACCUGCACAUCGAGCAAAAAGGCAAGCAAACCCGUCCCGACACCUUACCAGCAAAAGCUGGCCGAGGCCAAGGCAAACAAGACCAAGGUGGAGGGCGAAAACGUACCGCUGGUUUUGCGCUUUGAUCGCAUCCUCAACUCCGUCUUUGCUCCCGCGGUCAUUGAGGAUUGGUACAGCCCUGCCAUCAAAGCCAAGACAACCGCCACUUUGCAGCGACGUUUCAAGUCCUUCCCGCGCUACCUUCUCAUGGCAGUCGACAAAUUUUUCGUCGGAGAUGAUUGGACCCCUCAAAAACGCGAUGCCUCAAUCACCAUGCCCGAGGAGAUGGAUUUGACGCCAUUUGCAGCCUCGGAGCACGACCCCAAUGAAGAGCUGCUUCCAGAAGAGGAAGAGCCAGCCGCUGAAGAAGCACCUGCCAUUGAACUCGAUCCCGACAUGCUGGCGCAACUGGCUGCCAUGGGAUUUGCCGAGGAGGGCUGCAAGCGAGCGGUUUAUCACAAUCCCAACAGCGUGGAAGCAGCCAUGGAGUGGAUUUUUGCUCACCAGGAUGAUGCCGACUUUGCGGCCCCUUUCACCAUUCCCGGAACCGCGAUAGCCUCUGGAGCAAAUACCUCCGGGGGCGCUGCUGAGCCCCCCGCCGAGGCUGUGGGCAUGCUCGAGGCCAUGGGCUUUUCCACGGAGCAGGCCCGUCGCGCUCUUCGUGAGACGGACAACAACUUGGAGCGCGCGGCCGAUUGGGCCUUUAAUCAUCCUGACGAGAUGGCUGAUCCGGAAUCAGAUCUGCGGCAGAGUGCGCCGAGCACAGAGGCCCCUGCUUCUGAGCGCGCAAACACCGACCAGCCGCAGUUUGCACCUGGCACUGGCCGCUAUCGUCUCAAGGCGAUCAUCAGUCACAUGGGAACGGCGGCCCAAAGUGGUCACUAUAUCUGUCACAUUCGGAAGGGCGAUGACUGGUUCAUCUUCAACGAUCGCAAGGUGGCCAAGAGCGUCAAGCCCCCGUUUGACUUGGGCUACCUCUACCUCUACGAGUCGCGCGACUAG